AUGCGUUUUCCAGCCGCAGCAGCCCGACUGAGGCCCAAGCAAAAGUCAGAUCGAGAGACCAGUUUCUCGAGUAGAAUUGUGUUUCACAUCAUCCCACUGACCCACCCGUUGCAGCAGGCCCUCGCUUUAGGCCCACGUUGCCCACCUAAACCCCGUUCGAUGCGCCUCGGCCAUUCACUCAUGCGCGCUUGUAUAAAUAGAAUCAGUGGUACAAAUGAAAUAUGUAAACUUGGAAAGCACAUGACUAGAAGGGUCGCCUACAUGUCAGUUGCGUUGGCACCUUGUACCCGAAAUGUGCCGUUUUGCGAGUCCCGAGUCCCGAGUCCCGAGUCCCAUAGACCCGUCAAGUCUAAGCUAUUGUCCGCCCAUUCAUGUUUAUGCUUUUGGUGCUGCUGCCUGUCCCAUCUGCAUUCGGCCAAUCGGCUCAAAAUGAUCCGACUCGAAUGGUAUUACGUGACUCAUCUUUGCUCG